AUGCAAUCAGCCUUUGACUGGAUCCCUAAGGUAACUGGAGACAUGACCUCCUCCAAGCCAAGAGUCGCCUUUCUGGAAUGGCAUGAUCCUCUCUUUGCAGGCGGACACUGGAUUCCUGACAUGCUCGAGAUUGCUGGAUGUUCGUAUGAAAUGGGAAGCUCGAGUGAUCGCUCCAAAGCGAUGAAAGAUGAAGAAUUGGGUCAGCUCGAUCCUGAUGUUAUCUUGAUCGGACCCUGUGGGUUCUCGCUCGACCGAGCUUUCAAUGAUACCCUCGAUCUCUACGAAAAGAAGGCUUGGUUCAAAGAGAUGCGGGCCGUGAAAGAAGGACGAGCGUUUGCCUUGGAUGGGAACAGCUAUUACGCAAGACCAGGUCCACGGUUGCUACAGGGAUGCGGCAUCAUGGCUGCGUGCAUUCAUGGAGAUCAAGUUGCUGAAAUACUCGGAGAGGAAUUGGCCCCAUCAGGGGGUAUCGUCGGAUAA